CGUAUAUACAGAGAGAGAGAGAGAGAGAGAGAGAGAGGAUUUUGAAGAAAUUUGUAAGAAGAAAAAUGGUUCAAGUGAAGAAGGUGAAGUUGGGUUCACAAGGUCUAGAGGUAUCAGCACAGGGACUUGGUUGCAUGGGCAUGUCAAGCAUCUACGGGCCUCCAAAGCCCGAAGAAGACAUGAUCCAGCUCAUCCACCACUCCAUCAACUCCGGCGUCACUUUCCUCGACACCUCCGAAGCCUAUGGUGACAACGAACUCCUUCUCAGCAAGGCUCUGAAGGGAGGGUGGAGAGAGAAAGUGCAAUUGGCCACCAAAUUUGGGAUCACCAGCGUCGACAAGCCGGUGGUGCGUGGCAGCCCGGAUUACGUGCGGGCUGCGUGCGAGACCAGUUUGAAGCGGCUGGAGGUGGAGUUCAUCGAUCUCUAUUACCAGCAUCGGACUGACACUAGCGUUCCCAUCGAAGUCACGAUGGGAGAGCUCAAGAAACUGGUUGAAGAGGGUAAGAUAAAGUACAUAGGUCUGUCUGAGGCCUCUGCUUCAACAAUCAGAAGAGCACAUGCUGUACAUCCAAUAACAGCUGUGCAGAUGGAGUGGUCCCUGUGGUCAAGAGAUACAGAGGCAGAUAUUGUUCCUACUUGCCGAGAACUUGGCAUUGGGAUUGUUCCAUACAGCCCUCUAGGCCGGGGAUUUUUAACUGGAGGUACCAACUUCGUUGCCAACUUGUCAGAUGGUGAUUUCCGCAAGAAUUUUCCAAGAUUCAAACCUGAAAAUCUCGAGCAUAAUCAAAAGAUAUUUGAGCGGGUCAAUGAAAUGGCUGCAAAGAAGGGCUGCACCCCAUCACAGCUGGCAUUGGCAUGGGUCCAUCACUGUGGAAACGACGUGGUUCCCAUCCCCGGGACCACCAAGAUAGCAAACUUGAACCAGAACAUUGGUGCAUUGUCUGUAAAGCUAACCCCAAAAGAAAUGGCUGAACUCGAAUCCUAUGCCUCAGCCGAUGUGGUCAAGGGUGAGAGACAUGCCUUUAUGUCAAUGACAUGGAUCAACUCAGAAACUCCACCAUUGUCCUCGUGGAAAGCGGAAUGAAGACAUGCCUCUUGCUGUGAACUUGUACCCUGAGUACUACCGAUGCUUUUCCUAUUUGGCUGUAAGUUUCUAGUUCUAGUGCGCUCCACCACUGCUAUGCUUUCCGGCACAAUAAAUUUGACUGGAGUUGUUUUAUGAUGUAUUGCAUUGUAUCCAUACCAAAAUACUUCUGCUACUGCUUUUACAGACUAUCCAGUCACUAUUGUGCUGUGCUUUUGAGUUUUGUUUUAACGAACUUCCAGCAAACGACAAGAUUGGAAUUUUUUUUUAAA